GCUGUUCUUGCAUUAUUUGUAAGUUUAUGAAAGGACGUGACUGUUACAGUGGCAGUGAAUUAGUGCUCGUAAGAGAGGAAAGUCUAGUUAACACAAUUUUUUCUAAGAUGCCUGAACCUAAGCCGUUUGAGCGCCUUCCGGGCAAUGUGAAGCCACUGCACUAUGCCGUCACGCUCCAGCCCAAUCUUGUCAAAUGUGUUUUUACUGGUUCUGAAGAUGUUGACAUUGAGGUCAAAGAAGCCACCAAACAGAUCAAGCUCAACUCACUGGACUUGACUCUCAGAGAUAUCAAAGUCACCCUGGCCAGUGGGGAGAAGGUGCUCCCAGCCUCGACCGAGAUCUCGACUCCCAACGAGAUGGUCACACUCACCUUUGAUAAGGCCCUGCCCAUUGGGAAGGCUAAGCUCAGCAUGGCCUUCAACGGGGAGCUGAACGACAAGAUGAAGGGCCUCUACCGCAGCAAAUACACAUCAGCCACAGGUGAAGAGAGAUAUAUGGCCGUGAGCCAGCUCUGUGCCACAUGUGCUCGCCGUUGCUUCCCCUGCUGGGACGAGCCUGCCCUCAAAGCCAAAUUUACUGUCACGCUGGUUGUUCCCUCGUAUUGUGUGGCCCUGAACAACAUGCCUGAGAUCUCAAGAGAGCAGCACGAGUCUGAUACUAAUUUGCAAGUCGUGAAAUUUGCCACGUCUCCUCUCAUGUCAACAUACCUGGUUGCUGUUGUGGUUGGAGAGUAUGACUUCGUGGAGGACACCUCUACUGAUGGGAUAAAAGUACGAGUAUAUACUCCCGUUGGCAAGAAGGAACAAGGGAAAUUUGCCCUCGAGGUUGCGACAAAGGUUUUGCCAUACUACAAGGACUAUUUCAACAUUGCCUAUCCAUUGCCCAAAAUGGAUCUCAUUGCUAUUGCUGACUUCUCUGUAGGUGCCAUGGAAAACUGGGGGCUAGUAACUUACCGUGAAACGUGCUUGUUGGUGGAUCCAGAUAACACAAGUGCUAGUCAGCGACAGUGGAUCGCUCUUGUUGUGGGCCACGAGCUUGCUCAUCAGUGGUUCGGUAACCUUGUCACUAUGGAAUGGUGGACUCACCUUUGGCUGAAUGAAGGCUAUGCCACUUUUGUUGAGUUCCUGUGUGUCGACCAUCUGUUUCCAGAGUAUGAUAUCUGGACACAGUUUGUCACCAACACUUACAUCCGAGCCUUGGAACUAGACUGCCUCAAGAACUCGCACCCAAUUGAAGUGCCUGUGGGCCAUCCUUCAGAGGUUGAUGAAAUCUUCGAUGAUAUUUCCUACUCCAAAGGGGCAUCUGUGAUUCGCAUGUUGCACUGCUAUCUAGGGGACAAGGAUUUCCGCGCGGGAAUGAACAAGUACCUGACACGACACCAGUACAACAACACUUACACUGAAGACUUAUGGGCAGCUCUCAAGGAAGCCUCAAACAAGCCUGUGGGUGAAGUGAUGAGCUCAUGGACCAAACAGACUGGUUUCCCCAUGAUCUCUGUGACCUCGCAUCAGGACGGAGACAACAAGGUGCUGACACUAACCCAACAGAGAUUCCUGGCUGAUGGUUCCACAGGGGACAGCAGUCAGUGGAUGGUGCCAAUCAGUAUUUCAACUGAAAAGAAGCCCUCUGAAACAGUCAAGGAGGUCCUCCUAGAUUGCAAAUCAACGCAAGUAGUUCUUGAGGGCAUCUCUGCUGAUACAUGGGUGAAACUCAACCCUGGCACUGUAGGAUAUUACAGGACGCAGUAUCCUCCCGACAUGCUUGACUUGCUGAUGCCUGCCAUGAAGUCCAAGUGUUUGCCGCCUCUUGACCGGUUAGGAGUAUUGGACGACCUCUUCUCCAUGGUCCAAGCAGGCCACACGAACACGGUGGAGGUGCUGAAGCUCCUGAAGGCGUUCGAGGACGAGACCGACUACACGGUGUGGUCGGCGGUGCACAACUGCGUGGCGAGGCUCAAUCAGCUGAUCUCGCACACGGACUUCCACCCGUCCUUCGCCGCCUUCGUCAGGAAGCUCUUCGUGAAGAUCGGACAGAAGCUCGGGUGGGAAGCCAAGCCGGGGGAGA